CGGCCGUGGGGGGCGGGGCGAGGGUCCCUGCGGGCUUCCAGGACCUUGGCAUGGAGGCGGUGUCUCAGAAGUAAUGAGUGGAGGAUCUCAAGUCCACAUUUUUUUGGGUGCUCCAUGUGGCCCAUUGAAAAUGACAGUGUCGCAGGAACCAACUUCUUUAAUGACCCCUGCUGACCCUUGGAAAAAAAUUCAGCUUUUAUACAAACAACAUUCUUUAUAUCUGGAGGAUGACAAAUGCAACCACAAAAAUCUUGAAGACUAUCAAGUCCUAGAAGCUGUUGGCCCUUCAGAUCUUCAGAAUGGUCAUUUUUUAGCAAACUCUGUGAAUAGAGAUGACUUUAUACAUCGUAUGUCUACAAAAUCCCAGAAGAGUCUCCCUUUUGGGAUGAGUGAAAUGACUAACACUGAUGUGCAAGUAGGUGGACUUAAGGGGAGAGUUCAGCAUUUAACUGAAGAAGAAAAGUACCAAAAGCUUUUCAGUGAAAAUAAGAAAAUGAUAGAUGAGCAGCGUAAAGAUCUGUCAAAUAUAUGUGAUCAAAACUUUGGAAAAGUACCCUCUCAGUUAGUUCGUAAGUGUGCAGCUACAUUGGAUUUUGGUUGUAGUACUGAGCAGGUUAACAUAGGGCCAGGAGCUGUUGAAACAAAGUGUCUAUCAACAGAACACCGUGAAACAGAAAACCAGUGUCUGAAGUGCCUUUCUUCUAGCACAGUAGUGAUGCCAAGAUGUGGAUCACUUACGAAGGUCUCAGACCUUGAAAUAUCUACUGAUACUGAAUUUCUCAAUAUAAUGACCUCUAGCCAGGUUGCUUUUUUAGCUCAAAGGAAUUAUAAAGAGCAAAAUUCCAUGAAUGUAGGGACUAUAAACAUGGAGACUGAGCCAAAGGCACAUCAUAGGGAAAUAAGAAUACCUGACAAUGAUGUGAUUCACCCUAAUGAUGAUUUUGCAGAAAGAAAUGAAAGCAGACAAAACCAACCACAUUCCCUUGAACUCUUUAGUCCUAUUUGUCUUGAAACAAAAAGUAGCCAAAUUCACAUAAACUCUGAUAAAGGUGUUGAAGAAAAGACAGGAUCUCAAGAACUUUUUGAUUUUGAAGAUAAACUGCCACCAAAUGAAAUAUGUAUUGAGUCAUUUAGCUCAGGAAUACUGUGUUCCCAACUAAGUACCUUCCACAAAGGUUCUAUUAAGAGAAGUUGGACUUCUGAAGGUAAAUCGGGCCAUUCUAAAGCCUUAUCUAAAGUCCUCCAACUGUCUAAGAAAGUGAAGUUAGCUUCUAAUGCAAGAAAUCCUACUGUAGCAAUGGACCAGAGGAAUUUGUCUGAAUUUAAGGGUGUUAAAAAAACAUCAUUGAUAAAAAAUUGUAAUUCUAAAAGUCAGAAGUACAAUUGUUUAGUCAUAGUGUUAUCGCCAUGUCAUGUGAAAGAAAUAAACAUAAAAUCUGGGCCAAAUUCUGGCUCUAAAGUGCCUUUAGCAACAAUUGUGGUAACUGAUCAGUCAGAAGUGAAGAAGAAGGUUUCCCUGUGGAGGACUACAGCAUUUUGGGCACUUACGGUGUUUCUCGGAGAUAUAAUUUUACUUACAGAUGUUACUGUUCAUGAAGAUCAUUGGGUUGGUGAGACAGUACUACAAUCAACAUAUACCAGUCAUUUAUUAAAUCUUGGGAGUUAUUCAUCUGUCAAACCUGAAGAAUAUUCCAGUAUAGUUGGUAAUGCUGUACUUCAAGACUUACUGGCAUAUGUGUCUUCAAAACAUUCCUAUCUCAGAGAUCUUCCUCAACGACAGCCUCAGGAAAUGAAGAGUAUAGACUUUGUAGAACUGGAGCAGCUUCAGCCGGAUAUGUUAGUCCAUGCAGUCCUAAGAGUUGUUGAUAUCACUAUACUGACAGAGGCUUUAUACAGUUAUAGAGGACAGAAGCAAAGAAAAAUAAUGUUAACAGUGGAACAGGCCCAAGGUCAAUAUUAUGUGCUUGUAUUAUGGGGUCCUGGAGCAGCCUGGUACCCUCAACUUCAAAGGAAAAAAGAUUAUAUUUGGGAAUUUAAGUAUCUUUUUGUUCAGCGCAACUGCAUUCAAGAAAACCUCGAAUUGCAUACAACUGCUUGGUCAUCCUGUGAGUGCCUGUUUGAUGAUGAUAUAAGGGCAAUUGCAUUUAAAGCAAAAUUUCAAAAAAGCACACCCUCUUUUGUGAAGAUGUCAGAUUUAGCAACACACCUCGAGGAUAGAUACUCAGGAGUGAUUCUCAUCAAGGCACAGAUUUUGGAGCUGCUGUUUCCUAUUACAGCAGCUCAAACAAUAGUUCUAAGUGCUCAUAGUUCUCUGAAGAAUAUUUUCUCUUCACUUCCGAACAUUACAUACACUGGCUGUGCAAAAUGUGGAUUGGAACUAGAAACAGAUGAGAACAAUAUCUACAAACAGUGUUUUAGCUGCUUGCCAUUUACAAUGAAGAAAAUAUACUAUAGGCCAGCUGUAAUGACCAUAGUUGAUGGGACAUACAAGGUUUGCAUCCAUGUAGGAUCAAAGCUGAUAGAGAAGAUUCUUCUCAACAUUUCUCCUGACUGUCUCAACAGGGUUAUAAUAGCUCCGUCCUCAGAGGUCACCUACGGCAUGGUUGCAGCAGACCUGUUCCAUUCCUUGUUGGCAGGCAGCGGGGCACCCUGCGUGGUGAAGGUGCAGAGCAGCUUUGUGUUAGAUGAGAACAGCUACCCACUGCAACAAGAUUUCUCCCUACUGGACUUUUAUCCUGACAAAGUAAAGCAGGCAUCCUAUACCAGAUGAAGAAAUUGCAGGAAACAGUCUAGUAAGAAAGGCAAGACAAGCCCGGGAACUAAAGGUUCACUCUGUUCCAUCCCUGCCCUGUUCCAGGCUCUAUGCUAAAUUCUUGGAUAUGGACGUAAGAUAUUUUCUCAGGCCAUUUUUCUGCUAUACUCACUAACUUCAAGUGCUUUCCUUUAUUCCUACUUUAGUAAACCAUCAACAUGAAAUGAUUUCCUUGAUUAUAACUAUGUAAGAAGGUAUUCUUUUAAGACUGUUUAGAUAAGUUCAAGACAAGCAUGUCUUUCUAUAAAGAAUCAUUGAAAAUGAAAGGAGAUCAUGAUUCAAUCAAUUUAUAAAGGAAGAGAGUCAUUGUUAGUUCACCUCUAGGAUAUGAGUACCUUAUUCAAAGUACUUUCCAACAACCCUAGCAAUUUGUUUUGUUAUUGUGCCUGUAGGAGAAGCUUGUAUAAAUGGUAGUCACCAAUAAGGAAACAUGGACUGGUUCUUGACCUGUAAGUUUGGAGGGUAUGUUGAGUGUUAAUAGAUUAAUAGUAUUGCUUGGAAAUCACUAAAUUCAUAAUGAAAUGAACACAUUUAUUUUACUAUAUGUGUGUUUCUAAAAAUUAUUCUGCUUCAUUGAAAUUAUUUUCUCCAAUUUAGGGUUUUUUCAAACUUGGCUUUCCUAAAAAUGAACCUUAGGAGUUUGUGAUUCUCCCAAAAAUAGCAUGCAAAAAUGUGUAAGAGUGCUCAGACACAAAAACAAAAGUACAUUACAGUCUGUGGAGACCUGUCCUUAGCUUUCAAUAAAUCCUCAGAGUGGUCUUUGACCAAAAGAAGGGCAGGAAUAAGGGUUUACCUGAAGACAUAAUUCAUGGGAAAGGUAGGGGAUUAGAUGAAAUAAUUGCUGAGGUUUUAGCUAGCACCUAGUAAGGCAGGUAGAGAAAGAAUUUUCUCCACUUUGUAUCUAGAAAUAUUGGAAUUCAAAGGACUCGGCUGCCCUGCAGGUUCAUCUAAUGGGUGAUGGGUGUGAGCCCUGAGCUGGUGUCUAAUCCCUGCUCUUCUUUCUGUAGCCACGGUAGGGGCAAAUUUCGAAUUCACGUAUAAAAUCUGCCUCAUCAGUAUAAGUUUUUGUCUUAAAUUUGCCCUUCCCUACUUUGUUGCCGAAAUGUGGCCUACUCCCUGUUUCAACCAAAACAUAAUCCCCUAGAACAGAUGGUUCUUCACAUCCUGUUGGGAAGAAGUCUAAGCCAUUUACUUGGAUAAAGGAUGCCAGGUCACACCUAUUCCUCUUCGCAGCCUUUGGUAUAUAUUUCAUGGAUUAACACAUACUUCCAGGAACCCUUAUUUAGGUUGGAAACUGUUUCCUCCUGUCCUAAGGAAUCUGACCUAUCUCCAGAAAUUAUCAUCAGGAAAGCCAUUGCUUCUAGGUGAAUUCCUUACCUGAGAUUUCCAUGUAAGUACAUUCAGCCUACCCCAUACAUUUGCAUAAAACUCAGUUGGGUAGCCUAAGAGUGUUAGCCAGACCAGCAAUGCUAUAUCUGGCAAUCCCAUGGUGGGCAUUUGAGGUAAAUCUCAUCUUCAGCUCCUGAUAGCUCAGCUGAGAGGGGCAGCUCUUUCUCCCCUCUUAGUACUCAAUACUGGUAAACUUAGCUUUCCCAAAUGUAUAGUUUCUCUAACAGCUAUUAGAAACAUUUACCUUUCUCUACACUGGUAAGAUUUGUGCUAAAUUUCCUGUUAUGUCUUAGGGUUUUUUUUGGUAGGGAGGAGGGCUCUGAUUUUCAGGUGGGAUGGCAAAGUUGGACACAUGAUCUACCCUGUACUGAGUCUACUAUGUGCUAUCACUGGGAAUACAGACAGAUAGGAAGGCCUGCCUUCAGUGAGUUCACAGGCAAGCUGGUGAAGAAAUACUUAAAAUUAUAUAGUGCUAGGAUUAAAUCUGUGCAGAAAGGCAAAGAGGUAAAUAGCAAGAUAGGUUCAUUAGGACUCUUGGUUGCAAAUGAUCAAAACCCAACUUGUAGCUUGAGCAAAAAAGGGGAAAAACUGCUCAUGUAACAAAGUAGUACUAUCUUAUAGCCUAGUUGAAUCCAUUGGCUUAAACUGUGUCAUCUAUUUCCCCCAACUCCCUAGUUCUUUCUUUUCCUUCCCUUCUAUUUCUCACCUGGUUUCUCUCCUUGCCCUGUUCUCUCCCCCUGUCCGGUUUCUUUUUACCCUCUAUCUAGUCUGUUCCUUCCUUCAUCUUCCUCUCCUUUCUCUCUCCUUAUCUUUCCCACCUAUCCGCGUGGAGAAAAGUUUUAAACUUUCUUCUUUACAGAAAGAGAGACUCUUUUUGCUAGUGUCCACAUAAAAAUUUCAUGGAAGGAAUAAAAAUUUCAAGUCUGCUUAAGUUACCUGCCCUCCCGCUGUGAUCAGCGGGUAGCGAGGGAUUGAACGGCUGGAACACAUAGGAUGAAAGGAGCCCUUCCUUAGUGGAAGGAGAGUUCUAAGCAGACAUAAACAUGUCUGUUUAAUGGAAGAUGCAAGAAGGCUUCAUAGAGGAUGUAUUUAACUUGCAUCUUUAAAUAUGAGAAGUAUUCACAAAAACAGUGAGAGGCAUAAAAUAGCACUGAAUAUUUGGGAACAUGGGACAUCUCAAAUGGGACUGAAAAAAAUGAGUGCCCCCAAAUGUAUAGGAGAGACAUAAGAUGCUUCAGCAAGGAUAACACAUGUCUGAAGAAAUCUUAACUCACAAAGCAAUGGAGUUUUUAUCUAUAGGUUCAGUUUGGUAUAUGAAAAUAAAUACUGAUUUGUGCCUAGCAUUGCAAGUACAUAUUUUAGUGGAUUCCAGUGCCACUACUGGGAUCCGAUACCAAUUCUCCAGCCAUGGAGGAGAAACACCAGAGUGCUGGAAAACCACUGACAAGUUUUAUUUACCUUCAACACAAGCUUUUUUUUUUUCUUUUUUGGAGAGGGCAUCUCUCAUAUUUAUUGAUCAAAUGGUUGUUAACAACAAUAAAAUUCUGUAU